AUGCGCCCGGCCGGCACCGGUGCUGCCAAGAGCCGGCGGGAAGCGGCCGGAGCAAAACGUCCCCAAAGGGCCCAGCCUGGCUGGAGCUGCGGCAAAGGUCACGGCCGACGGGACGCGUGGGGCACCAGGGCCACGCCGGGGGGAUGGCUGUGGGUCCCCCAACAGGCUGAGCCCCCCGUGCUCCGGUGCUGCCUGUGCCGGAUCAGUGCCGGUGCCUGUCCCCGGCGCAGGGGAAGCUCCGCACGCCCCGGUCUCGGCGGCAGCGCCUGGCGCCAGCGCAGCCUCCCUUAUCUCGGCGGGAAGUCGGGAGCAGGAAGCGCGGUCCGGCGCGGGAUAAGGGUCCCGUUUACAUUAGCCCUUUGUUGUGGAGCGGGCUCCCACCCUUGCCCAGCACCCGCGGGGGGGGCCCUGGCCACAGCUGGCUCUGGCAGCCCCAGGAACAUGGUGCUGGCACCGGAGCCCACGCAUCUGGCGCCUGCCCCGCUGCUGCCGCGUCUUGGCCCCGGCGGUGGCUCGGCCCUGGGGCUGGCUGGGAUGGGGCGAAUCAAUGAAUUCCCCAAACGGGGAGGUCCGGGGGAGGGGAGAUCCGUCCCGGCACAGGAAAAAGUCCUGGCGGCAGCGCGCCGCAGGCAGAGCGGUGCCGGCCGCCCCAAGAGCGUGGCCCCAUGCGCAGCCCCGCACCCUCCUGGUGCGGGAGUUGACGCCUGUCCCCGUCCCGCAGGUCAUCCCCGCCGCCCCAUGUUCCGCUCACGCCGCGCUGGGCUGGUGAGGCGGCUGUGGCGGCAGCGCUGCGCGGCAGCCGGCCCCGAGGACGGCCCUGGCGCCCUCAAACCGGCGGCUCACGCCCUCUUCAAGAAGCUGAAGGACGAGGAGCUGGAGCUGCUGGUGCAGGCGGUGGAGAGCCGGGGCGCCUGGGAGUCCGGCUGCGUCUGGGUGCCGCGAGGGGAGCCGCGGGGGGCCAAGCAGGCGCUGCCCCCCCAGGUCCUGCUCUGCCGCCUCUACCGCUGGCCUGACCUCCGCCAGCCCCACGAGCUCAAGCACCUCUGCUACUGCGCCGGGGGCCGGGGGGGCUGCGGGGACGCAGCCGUGCUCUGCUGCAACCCUCACCACUUCAGCCGCCUGGCUGCGCCCGAGACCCCGCCACCCCCCUACUCGAAGGCAUCCUGCGGUCCCUCCUGGCCGGACGAGCCCCAGCACCCCGGCACCCAGCUCCUGGAGUUCAGCUACAACGGCGGGGACUGGCGCGACACCAGCCUCUCGUGGAGCACCGUUAAGGACGGCUACUGGUGCAAACUGGCUUACUGGGAGCACCGGACGCGCGUGGGCCGCCUCUACGCCGUGCACGAGGCGUCGGUGAACAUCUUCUGCGAGCUGCCGCGGGGCAGCGGGUUCUGCCUGGGCCAGCUGCCGGCUGCCCACCGCAGCCGCGCCGUCCGGCGAGCACGCGGCAAGAUCGGCCGGGGGCUGCUGCUGAGCCGGGAGCCGGGCGGCGUUUGGGCUUACAACCGCAGCGAGCACCCCAUCUUUGUCAGCUCACCCACCCUGGGCCCCCCCGGCGCCCGUGGGCUCACCGUCCUCAAGGUGCUGCCCGGCUAUUCGGCGAAGGUGUUCGACUACGAGCGGGUGGGGGGCACGGGGGGCCGCCGGCUCCCCGGUGAGGGCCCCUGUGACCCCCACAGCGUCCGCAUCAGCUUUGCCAAGGGCUGGGGGCCCUGCUACUCCCGGCAGUUCAUCACCUCCUGCCCGUGCUGGCUGGAGGUCCUGCUGAACCAGCCGCGCUGA